GGCAGAUGCACUGGGAGCACUGGUUCUUUUUCUCUGAGGAGAGUGUACACACUGCAGGACAUGGUUGACAUUGACACAGAGAAAUGGCUGGGAUCAUGCUUACAGGACUCGUACUCUUCUUGUUGGAGGUUAUAUGUGAUGGUGAGCCAACACAUGCUGGGACAGAAACAAUGGAACAGCCCCAUGAGCAAGUCAAGCUCAUCCAUCCUACAUCACAAUGGGUGCUGAAGUUAUUUAACGACUCGCUGCCCUUUUCCAGAGCUGAGAGUUUCUGCAGAGGUCAGUUCAGCUCUCUGAUGACCCUGGAACGGUCAGAGGACAAGAAAGAGACCGUGGAGUUUCUGCAGCAGACUGGACUUCGCUCUCCAGUCUGGGUUAAAGAUCACUCCAGAGCAGAGUCCAAGCCGGUAGCUCUCUCCAAGCAGUAUUUGGAGUUCUCAGUGCUAAGAUUUCCAAAGGAAUCCCAUGAAGGCUUUGCACGUGUCAGAGUGUCUUUUCCCGCCAUGUCGUCUGUCAGUGUGUCUGUUCGAGUUCAGUGGGACACAGAGUGGACUGAUGUAUCAACAGUCUUCUCCUACGCUGCACCUGUACUGACCAAUGAGUUCCAGCUGCGAGGCCGAGUGGACACGCAGGGUCGUAUCCACCUGGCCCUCAUAAUCCACGGAAAACACUUUCCAUACAAGGCCUCCUUUGCAAAUGAUGGUGCAUGGCAUCACAUCUGUGUCACAUGGAGUAGGAUGAGCAAUCACUGGGCUAUCUAUGUGGACGGAGACAGGAAAGACACGGGCUCUGGUACAGACAUGGACAGGGAUAUACACGGUGAUGGUAUUCUUAUCCUGGGUCAGGACCAAGACUCCUUUGGGGGAAAUUUCACAGAACCAUUUUUUGGGAACAUCACUGACCUGAAUGUAUGGAACGUUUCUUUGGAAACGAGGCAUGUCCGUGCCUUGAAUUUGUGCUCGGCCACAAUACAGGAAAAACUUUUCAGCUGGAACCUCAGCCUCAUAGACAGCCAUCAUGUGGUCAAAGAGGUGAAGGCCCCGUUGUUCUGUCCAGCAGUGCUCCAGCAGAUGGAGCUCCAGGGCUGCAGGACAUUGCAGGGCUGGUCGGAUCAGCUGCCAUCCUUCAGCUGGACAGACUGCUCUGAUCUUCUGCCUUUCAUCUGCAGGAGCAGCCGAGAACGGCACCACAGGAUGGAGCAGAUCAGUAAGUCUCAGAGCAGCCAGCCUUCUGCCUUCAUGAACCAACUGAUGAAGCUUUCCAACAAGAGCCAGUCUGAGCUGAUGCUUGUGCAGCAGCCAUCAGGGCUGGACAGCCUGGCCCAGGCUGCGGCCCUGCUCAACGCCUCCAUCCAGGCCCUGGAAGACACGCAGCAGGACGGCCUGCAGCCAGCCGACAUGGUGACGCUCAUCCAGCUGCUGACACUCACUGCUGACGUCUCCUCUGAACCAUCAGUCAGUGCUGAAAACAGUAGCUGUGACAACAUCCAGGAGCUCAGUCAGCACUUCAUCAGUGUGGCUGACAGCAUCAUCAGUGAAGACAAUGCAGACAAGUGGCAGGCUAUCAAAGAGGUGGUGAACGGUCCCAUGGAUGUUGUGAAGAGCGUGGACCGGAUGGUGACCCGCUUGAGUCCAAGUUUGACAGCAGAGACUGACCAUGUGACCAUCCACGCUCCCAAUAUCAAAGUGGAGCUGCAGCAACAAAGACUGGGUGAAGGAUCUAGAGUAGAGAGUUUCUGUGGGCCUGGGCCAGAGACUCUCAGCCUUCUAGACUGCAUUUCUGUUCCACGUCAGAAGCUACAGGAUCUGCAGAACAAUGGUUUCUAUAAGAUCACCUUGGUCAACACGUGGUAUGGCUCUCUGCGACCUCUUUUCAAUCCAGAAGAGAACAUCACCAUGGAGCCUACGGUCACUGACGGCGCACAAAGGUAUCUGGGCACUGUGCUGGGCUCGGCUGUUAUAUCCUCCACUGUGCUGGGAGACGACCAGCCAGUCAGCAUGGCGGUUCACUUCCAGCUCCAGCACAAAGCACAGAAUUCCAUUGAUGCUGUGUAUGAUCCUGUGUGUGCAUUCUGGGACUUUGAUCUCACUCCGGAGGCUGGUGGGUGGUGGAACACAAGAGGCUGUGAGCUUGUGUCCAAACAUUAUGGAUACACUGUGUGCUACUGCAACCAUACCACCAAUUUUGCUGUGCUGCUGCAGGUUUACGAAACUCAGAGGAGCCCAGAAAACGAAAAAGCUCUGCAGGUGCUGACGUUCAUUGGCUGUGGAGUGUCUCUGUGUGGCCUCCUCUUCACCUUCAUCCUCUUCAUUGCUGUGGGAGUCCCCAAAUCAGACCGAACCACUGUCCACAAGAACCUGAUAGCUGCUCUGGGCCUCGCUGAGCUGCUGCUGAUGUGCAGCGACUGGGCCGCAGAAAAUCAGGCAGCAUGUUUCAUGGUGACUGCUCUGCUUCAUCUCUUCUUCAUGGCGUCCUUCUGCUGGAUGCUGGUUGAGGGUCUUCUUCUUUGGAGCAAAGUGGUUUCUGUUAACAUCAGCGAGGACCGGAGGAUGAAGCUCUACUACGUCAUAGGCUGGGGACUACCUGUUCUGAUAGUUGGACUAACACUGGUGAUAUCAAGGGGCAAAUACAAGUCACAUGAUCACUGCUGGCUCAGUGUGCAAACUGACACCAUCUGGGCCUUUGUGGGACCGGUCAUAUUUGUCUUGACGGUCAAUGCAGUUGUGCUGUGCCGAGUCGUCAUGGUGACCGUUUCCAGCGCUCAUCGCCGCGCUAAGAUGCUCAGUCCAAGCUUUGCAUCGAAAAUGCAGACCUUUGACCUCACCUGGGCUGUGACCCGUCCAAUUCUCAUCCUGCUGCCGGUUCUGGGUCUGACGUGGAUGUGUGGCGUGCUGGUCCAUCUGUCUGUGGUCGUCAGCUACAUCUUCAUCAUCCUCAAUUCCUUCCAAGGCCUGUAUAUCUUCUUAGUGUAUGCUGUUUACAACAGUGAGGUGAGGAAUGCCAUAAAGAGGAUCAAAGAAAAGAGAAAGGCUCUGUCUUUCACGAACUGCUCCCAUCCUACCAGCUUCCUUCCCUCCCAAAGGGUUCCAACAACCUCCUGGAGCCGGAGCCCCCCAACCUCCUCCAGCCCGGAAACAAGUGAGACCUCUGGACCCCUCAGCUCCACUUCCACAUCACUGGUCAUCAAGAACGAGAGUUUCAAAAAGGAAAGCUUUGUCAGUUUCUCUUUGAGACACGCAUCAGGAAACCAAGUGGUGCAGCUGACUGGGUUUAAACCAUCAGGUUGUUGAGCUGCAGAUGGGGAGGCUCGCCUCUGUAUUCUAUACACACACACACACACACACACACAGGAUGGAGAGCAAGAGGACAAGAAUGGAAAGAGGAAACUCAACAGUCAUCUACUCAACUGAACCCAUCAGCUCAUCACUUUCCUAAUAACUCACUUAUGUAAUAUUUUACAUUUCUUCAGUGUAGCUCAAGUAGUGAUGAGACUUAAACUCUCAUUGAUGAGUUUGAUUCAUCUUCCCAACAUUGCAAAGCACAACAUUUUUCACAUUCUUCAGUUGAAGACAGAAACGUCUGGAUACUGUAAGUAGAACCAGGACUUGGCUCAUCCAUCCCGUAACCCGGCAGUGUGGAACUGGACCGACGCACCACUAACUCACUUUAAAGCAUUUUUAUAGUUUAACGUUUGUGUUUCUACUUGACACAAUUUCCUGUGGUCUAAAGAGACAGAACGCAGGUGUGUGAAUAGUCAUUAUCUUACCAGCAGUCAGAGUCGACCUAGUUACGCUUCCAAUCAGAAGUUUACAUACACUAAUCCUCAGGGUCGAUAGCAGCGGUCCAUUGACCAUGUAACUGAGGAAUUUAUAUUUCAAAAAUAAAUUUGCUUAAUAGAGACUAGACAAUUUGAAAAAGAAAAAUACUCAUGUUUGUCGAUAAGAAGUUUUGGUGUGAGGUGGGGUUUUUUUGCCCAUAAUCAAAAUGUAUUUAUUUUACAAAACUGCAAUAGAAACAUUUUUUGGCAUCAGUUGAGUCACAUGAUCAAUAACCAUGAAGAAUAAGAUGACAGGAAGCAGUUGGACAGUGGCUUCCCAUGUGUUUUAAUGACUGAUUGUGUGGACAAUUUUAUUCACAUGUGAUUUUAAUUGCUUUUCUUAUUUAGUGGAAA